CUUUCCCAGUAUCUCGAUAUAAAUAAGUCGCAAUGACAACAGCACAACUGGCAAGAACACUCUACAUCGUUGCAGCCAAUGGCAUCCGAUAUGCAUAUCGAAAACUUGGCCAGAUUGGGGGCGUUCCCUUGGUAAUGCACAAUCAUUACAGGUCCAACAUGGAUUACUGGGAUCCGCUGCUCGUCAACGCACUUGCUGCUCAGCGCCCAGUCAUUCUAUUCGACCAAGCAGGAACCGGUCGUAGUGGCGGCGAAGUCGCAACUACAUACAGCGGUUGGGCAGACCACGUCAUUGAGCUCACUAAAGCCAUUGGAAUUGACCAAUUCGAUCUCCUUGGCUUCUCAAUGGGCGGCGCCACGGCACAGAUGGUCGCCCUGAAAGCACCACGUCGUGUCCGGAAACUUGUCAUAUGUGGGAGCUUCCCCUCUGUACCCGGACCCAACUCUGAUAUUUCUGGAAUUGUUUGGCCGCAAGUUCAAGCCGACCCGAAGCAUCUGAAAGAACUCUCAGCAGAGGCAGAGAGUUGCGACCCAGCCGAAGCGAUUGCCUUCUCCUUCUUCUACAACACUGACGAAGGACGCGCUCACGCUAGAGCGUAUUGGAACCGCGUUCUUGAGCGCAAAGUUGAGGAUGAGCCUAUCAUGACCAGGCUUUUGAACGAUGAAGGCAGUAAGCGACAAAUGAUCGCUGCUGGAGACUGGCUCAAGCACAAUCCUGAGAAUUCAUACGACCGUCUUCGCGAACUGAGGAUGCCGGUUCUGAUCAUGAAUGGAGACAACGACUAUCUUAUCCCGACAAGUCGUAGCUGGGAGCUCCUGAUUAAGAUUGAAAAUGCCCAGCUAAUCAUAUAUCCAAAAGCUGGGCAUGGAUUUUUAUAUCAAUAUGCCACUUUGGUCGCACAGCAUGUCAACAUGUUCUUGGACGGCUUCGGAGAGGCUAAAUUAUAAAUUUAGAUUAAAGAAUAAAUUUUGAAGUGCAUGAAUCCAAAUUUUGAUGCUAGCAGAUUUCAUGAAGCACGAUUUUCACAGAGCACUGAUUGAAUGCUAUGCCUCGGCAGAUACCGGGGUUAGCUGACUACGCGAUGCAAUCUUACAAUAGGUAAGGGAACGAGGAGAGUGCAGAGGCUCAUCUCCACUCUUAACGAGUAGCUGCAGUUAAGGACGUGGUCCUCCAAGAAAUGAGUAUCUCUAUGGCGAAGAAUAUUUUUAAUUAUAAA